GACAAGACGACGGAGAGGAAGUGGUUCCGUUGAGGAUACCUUUAGCAAGCGCGGACCAGGAAAGCCCCAGGAUGAGGAUGGUUGUGGUUGUGCAGGCGUGAUGUGUCAGGGAACAGGGGAGAAGGAGGAAUGUGGAUGCGCCAUGGGUGCUCAAUAUCCAAUAUCCAGAUGGUUCAAGUGCAAGUGCGAUGUGGUUUGCUUGCUUGCUUUAUUGUGCUGUGCUGUGCAUCGCGUCACAUCACGCAGUGCAUGACUGGGCUGGCUUGGGCCGUCGUGCAACGGACGGUUACCAAACGUGAUGUUGGACAACUCAGAAUCGUCUCAGAUAGUCAGACUCAUAGACUCGUAGCGUCCUUAGGGUAACGGUCUGGCAGCCAGUUGAGUGAGCAUGGGAUGCCGUUUCGAGACAA